AUGUCGGUCGAUGCCGGGUGUGAAUUCCGUGGUUAUGCUUCCGACAUUACACGAACGAUGCCCACGUCAGCGGAUGGCCGAUUCACAUCUCCGCAGCGGGACUUAUACGAGGCAUUACUCCGUACGCUGAAAGGAUGCACAGCACUUGCUACAGCUCGCCAGGGAUAUACGCUCUCGGCUCUGCAUCGACGAAGUGUGGAGAUGUUACAUGCAGAGCUACGGGAUCUUGGCUUCCACUUGGGCUUUGGCACACUGGAACGUAUCCUGUAUCCACACUAUAUUGGACACUGGCUCGGUAUUGAUCUGCAUGAUACAAGUACGAUCGAGCGCUCCACACGCCUACAAGAAGGCAUGGUUCUGACCAUCGAGCCGGGCAUAUACGUGCCUGAUGACCCCGCGUAUCCAAAGGCAUUCCGCGGCUUGGGUAUGCGUGUGGAAGAUGACGUGGCUGUUGGGUAUGAGGACAAUUUGGUACUGAGUGCAGAAGCACCAAAAGAAGUCGCCGACAUUGAAGCCGUGUGUGCACAGCGUGUGUAA